GCUCAGCACUUCUCACGUAUGCGCAGUGGGCACCCAGCUGUAAGCCGUGUCCGCAGUCUCCAGUCAUCUCCUGUACUAUGUCUACAGUCUCUGGUCAUCUCCUGUACUAUGUCUGCAGUCUCUGGUCAUCUCCUGUACUAUGUCUACAGUCUCUGGUCAUCUCCUGUACUAUGUCUGCAGUCUCUGGUCAUCUCCUGUACUAUGUCCGCAGUCUCUGGUCAUCUCCUGUACUAUGUCUGCAGUCUCUGGUCAUCUCCUGUACUGUGUCUGCAGUCUCUGGUCAUCCCUGUACUGUGUCUGCAGUCUCUGGUCAUCUCCUGUACUGUGUCCUGCAGU